AUGAAAUGCUGGGCACUGGGCACAGGUCUUUGUACUCAGGGUUCUCGGACAUUAAUCUUUGAGGAUCUGGUGAGCAGUACAGUUUACUUCUGGAGGAGAGGGAUUCAGACAAAGAACAUGAAGACAUACCUACUUUUCCUGUCUGCCCUCCUGGCACUAGUAACUGGCAGCCCUGUUGAGACGGAGGUCUCCAUCACACCCCAGGAGAACUUUGAUGUCACCAGGAUAUAUGGCAAAUGGUAUGACAUCGCCAUUGGCUCGACAUGUUCGUGGCUGAAGAAGUACAAAAACAAGUAUGACAUGGGGACUCUGGAGCUCAGCGAAGGGCAAACAGAUGAUGAGGUCCAAAUUGUCAACACAAGGAUAAGACAUGGAACAUGCACACAAGUUACGGGUGCCUACCAGAAGACAGAUGUCCCUGGAAAGUUUAAUUACUACAACGCAAAAUGGAGUGCACAGAUCCAAAACUAUGUUGUGUUCACCAAUUACAAUGAAUAUGCAACAAUGCUGAUGCGUAAGACAAAGAGGGGCGAGAUCACCACUACAGUUAAGCUGUACGGACGCACCACUGAGCUGAGGCAAGAUCUGAUUGAAGACUUCAAACAGUUUGCUAUGGAGCAAGGAAUUGCAGAGGACUCCAUCUUCCUCCUUCAAAACAAAGGUGAAUGUACUCCAGGGGACAUCGAGGUGACACAUGCGAGAGCUGCACGUUCAGUGGCCGAGGAAGAGGGCUCCGGAGGCAUGGACAACACCCCUUUUACCAAAAACAAAGCUGGUUCCUGCCACAUGCCUCCGGCUGCUGGUCCUUGUUUAGGAUCCAACGAUCGCUAUUUCUACAACACUUCAUCUAUGGCCUGUGACAAGUUUAAAUAUGGUGGCUGCCUGGGAAACCCUAACAAUUUCUUUACUGAGCGGGAAUGCCUCCAGACGUGCAGGACUGAGGCCGCUUGCAGGUUACCUAUUACCAUAGGCCCAUGCAGAUUGUCUGAAUCCCGCUGGGCGUUCAACUCAGCUCAAGGCAAAUGUGUUACCUUCCUGUAUGGAGGAUGUAAAGGAAACGGCAAUCACUUCUACACAGAGAAAGAGUGCAAGGAGUACUGUGGGGUUCCCACGGGAGGAAUCUAA